AUGGACACCAGCGACGGCGGCGCCGCGGCGGCGGCGGGUCUGGACGAGGCGGACGCGGCCUUCUUCUCCCGCAGCCGCCACCGCUGCUGCUGCUUCUCCGCGCCCUGGCAGUCCUCCUCCUCCUCCUCCUCGUACGCCCGCCGCGCGGCGGGCGGCGCGGGGACGGACGGGGAGUGGUGGCACCAGGUCGGGGACGGAAGGGCGGGGUCUGGCAGGCGGCGGUGGUGGCGGCGCGGCGUGGACGCGUUCAUGAAGGUGCGGGAGUGGUCGGAGCUCGUCGCCGGCCCGCGCUGGAAGACCUUCAUCCGCCGCUUCCGCCGCGGCCACCACCGCCACGCCGGCGGCGCCGGCGGCGGGCGGAAGCUCAACUACGACGCGCUCAACUACGCCCUCAACUUCGACGAGGGCGCCUGCAGCCCGGAGGACGGCGGCGCCGAGUACCCCGACUUCUCCGCCCGCUUCGCCGCGCCGCCGGGCUCCGUCAGGACCUCCAUGGAACUCGGCGCCCGCGACGCGCCCUCGCUCUUCCACCACCAACCGCCGCCGCACGCUCCCCCCACUGCCAUCGCCGCCGCCAAGGGCUGAUGAUGACGGCAGCCGCGCGCACCCACCGAUUUUUUUCCCCAACCAAUGGUAUAGUGGGACGGCGGAGGCGAUAAGGCUGGGACUUCCCUUUCCUCCUCUUGGAUGGAUGGUGGAUGGCGUCCAUAGGACGGUGGUGGUGGUGAUGCUCCUCCAAUUCUUUCGUUUUCUCCUACUCCGUCAUUGUACAAACCAAACAAAAUACAACGCCGUAUGCAUCCGCGCCUGUAUAUAUGAUCAUCAUCUCCUCUCCUGUCAUCAACUUGUAUAUCCAGCAGAUAAUUUGUAGAUUUCUGUUAUCGUCAGUCAUGUUGCAAUCGACGGUAUGACGAAGAAUUCAAUAGCUUUUCUUUUUCUGUUUCA